UUUUGUUAUAAUUUUUAUAUAUAAAAUAUAAUUAAAAAAUAUUGUUUUCUUUUUUUUUAAAAAAAAUUUUAAAAUACACAUUGUGUUUAUUGGGUUUAUUGAGUCACAAGAACAAUCACUUGGCAAGAAAAAAAAAGGAAAGAAGAAAGCCACUUGACACAAUGGCUUCAGAAAGCAGAAUGGAAUGGGUGGAAAUAAUCGAGCCACGUACCAAAGAGCACAUGUAUGCCAAUCUGACUACUGGUGAAUGUGUCUGGGAUCCACCGCCUGGAGUUCCUGUAAAAAAGACUGAUAAUAAUCAGUGGUGGGAACUAUUUGAUCAAAAUACCUCGAGAUUUUAUUACUACAAUGCAACAUCACAAAAAACUGUUUGGCAUAGACCAACUGAUUGUGAUAUUAUUCCUCUUGCUAAACUUCAGACGUUGAAGCAAAAUACUGAACCAGCUGGUGGUGCUAGUGGGACUGAUGGUCAACCAACAGAAUCACGAAGAAAAGAGACUGUAUCAACUCAAACACAAACAACAACUAUUGGUAGAACUGGAAGAUAUGAACAAGAUAAUUUUGCUUUAUCAUCAGGACAGAUUGGUAUUGGUUCGUGUAAGCCACGUAUAUCAGGUGUUGGUGUAGAUGCUAAAUUAUCACCAUCAUCACCAUUACCAUCAACAAGACGACCUCAUCAUCAUCAUCACCAUCAUCAUCAUCAUCAUCAGUACAAUAAUCGACAUCAUCAUCGUCAUCAUGAUCAACAACAAUCAUCAUCACCACAACAACAACAGCAACAACAACAACCACCACCUCCACCACCAUUGUCAUCAUCAUCAUCAUCAAAUCGUCGUCAUCAUAAUCAUUCACAAGAUUCUGGUCGUUCAAGUGAUAGUUCAAUAUCACACAGUCGUACUUCUCUUGAAUCAGCUGCUGCUGCAUAUCGUCUUCUUGAAUCACCACAUCGUCAUCGUUCUGGAAAUAUUAAUCAACCACCACCACCACCAUUAUCAUCAUCAUCCACAACAACAACAACAGCAGCAACAACAACUCGUGGUAGUGGCAGUAGCACUGGUGGCUCAGCUAGUACACUUGAAGCAAGAUCACAAAAAAGUGGAAGUGGUGGUGGUGGUGGUGGUACAGGAACACUUGAAAGUACAAAAAAUAAUAAUCAUCAAAUAAUAUCUGGUGAACCACCACCACCACCGCCAUCAUCACUUGGUCUUUCAUUAUCAACAAGUACACCAUUAUUUAAAAAAAAAAUAUUUGCUGAACAACAACAACGUGAUGUAAGAGGACAAAAUGUAGAUUCUGAACAACGAAAUAGAAAUGGUCGUGAAUAUAGUAGUGGAAGUAGUCGUGUAUCAUAUGGACCAGAGCCAAGUACAUCGCCUUAUCGUGAAACAUCAAUUGAUUCACGUUUAUAUAGACAAGAAAUGCCACCAUAUCGUCCAACAGAUAAUAUACAACAAUCAAAAACACCACCAUCUUCAUCAUCAUCAUCAUCACAUGAUAAAUAUGGUUUAUUAAUUGAUAAUAGUAAUCGUUAUCAUCGUGAACGUGAUACAACAUUUAAUCGUGAUCGUGUUAAUAGUUUGGAAAAAUCAAAUUUAAGCUCAGGUGGUUAUUAUUCAAGUGGUAGUGGACAUACAAGAAAUAUUAAUAAAAAAGAUAUAUGUGCUAGUGGAAUUGGCAGUAUUGGAAGAAGACAACAUCAAAGUGGUAAUAGUAGUAGUAGUGUUGGUGGUGGUGGUGGUCGUGGUGGUGCUAUAGAUACAAAUACAAAAGAAUUAAUAUAUAGUUCAAUGUUGACUGAUAAAAAAUCAUUUGAUAAUGGAUCUAAAAGAUUAACAACAACAACAACAUCAUCACAACAACAACAUAGUAAUAUAUCAAAACAAAAAAGUUUAGAUGUUAUUGAAAAAAGUUGUAGACAAGUUGUUGAUAAAGAUGAUUAUGCAAGAACAAAAUGUAAUAAUAAUAAUUUAUUAGAUAGUAAUUGUCAACAGGCAUUGGCAAGAAGUUAUAGUUUUGUUCAACAACAAAAAUUACAACAACAAUUAAUGAGACGACGUGAUAGAGAUGAUGAUUCAAUGCAUGAAAGAUAUUUAGUUGGUGCACAAGGACAUCAUCAUCAUCAUCAUCAUCAUCAUCAAAGUGGUAGACAUCGUCUUGAUAGUAAUACAAGCAGUAGUAAUGAAAGUAAUGACAGUAGUUUAAACAGUGCAAUUGUUGAUGAUAUUGCAUCACAUCCAGAUGACGAUGAUGAUGAAGAUGAUGAUAAUCAUGAUCAUGAUGUUGGUAAUAUUAUUAGAAAAAAACGUAGUAAUGGUAAUCCUAGUCCACCAGUAUCACCAUAUUAUGGCAAUUUGAUGGUUGAUGCUGAUCAUUUAUUGCCAUUACAACAUUAUAUUUUACAACAAGCUAAAUUAUCUGGUUGUUACAAAUUUGGUGAUCCUCUUUUAGUUGAGGAAGGUGAAGAUUCACUGGAAGAAGAAGUUGGUGGUGAUAAUAUUGGUACUGGUACUGGUGGUGGUGGUAAAGUUGUUGCUGUUGGAGGAGGUGGUGUCGUUGGAAGUGGUGGUAUAGUUCGUACUGAUGAUGAUUCAGAUGAUCAAUUUGCUGAUGAUGAAGCAGCAAGUAAUCAGGGUGAUUCAUCUAGUCAAGAAUAUUUAGAAGAUCAUUAUGCUGAUUUAGGUAAUUAUGAUACAGCUGGACUUGCAACAUAUUACAAUACAGCUGAAACAUUAACACGUUCACAAGCAGCAAGUUCAGCUCAAUCUACAUUACCAUCAACAGCACCACUUGCACCAAUUAUAACAAAUCAACAAUCUCUAAAAAUAUCAUUACGUGAAAUAAAUUCAAAUACAACAAUAGCAUCAACAACAGCAACAACAGCAACAUCAUUAACAUCAACAACAGCAUCAUUAACAAGCUGUCCAAGACCAACAUCAUUACCAGCAACAAAUACAUUUACAAGCCUAGUCAAAAGUUAUGAUAUUGCUGAUGGUGAUGAUGGACGACGUGAUGAUACAACUGGUGGUGAUAUUGAAAAAUAUGCCCAAGAUAAUGUUAAUUUAAAUUGUGGUAGACCAAAAGGUUUACGUUUAUUAUUUAGAAAAAAAUUUAGUGUACGUGAUAUAUUAAGUUGGUCAAAGGAUCCAAUACCUCGACCAAUGUUAAAUGUUGUUGAGGGUGAAAAAUUAUUAAAACGUGAAGCAUGUAAUUUAUUUAGACUUGUACAAGUAUAUAUGGGUGAUAGAAAAGCAAAUGUUGGUAUGACACUUGAUGGUGUUGCAAUGGAUAUUGUUAAUACUGUAUUUUCAAAACCACCAUUACGUGAUGAAUUAUAUGUACAAAUAUGUCGUCAAACAACUGAAAAUCCACGUAAAGAAAGUUUAAGAAGAGGAUGGGAAUUAAUGGCUGUAUGUUUAGCAUUUGUACCACCAAGUAGUACAUUUGAACCAUAUCUUGAGGGUUAUAUGAAUCGACAUCGUGAUCCAAAUUUUCAAUUUCCUGAAGUUGCUAAAUGGCCAAUUCAUGUACAAGUUAGUCAUUAUGCAACAGUUGCUUGUCGUAGAUUACAAAGAAUUGGUGCUAAUGGUAAAAGACAACCUAAAAAAUCAACAAUUGAAGAUAUUGAUCAGGCACGUCAUCAAAUAUUUCGUGCAUCAAUGUUUGGUGCAACAUUAUCUGAAGUUAUGGCAUUACAACGUGAUCGUUUUCCAAAUCGUGAAUUACCAUGGAUACAAACAACAUUAACACGUCAAGUACUUGUACGUGGUGGUACAUUAACUGAGGGUAUAUUUCGUGUAUCAGCUGAUGCUGAUGAAGUUAGUGCACUUAAAUUAUGUCUUGAUAAAUAUGAAGAUAGUGGUACAUUAUCAGCAUCACAAGAUGCACAUGCACCAGCUUCAUUACUUAAAUUAUGGGUUAGAGAAUUAUAUGAGCCACUUAUACCAGAUAUUUUUUAUUCUGAAUGUGUUUCAAUGAGACAUGAUGAGACUGAAGCUGCGGCUGUUUGUGCAACAGCAAUUAUUGAUAGACUUCCUGAUUUAAAUCGUCGUGUAUUGUCUCAUUUAAUACGUUUUCUUCAGAUAUUUGCAAGAUCAGAUGUUGUACAACGUACUAAAAUGGAUGCAAAUAAUUUAGCAAUGGUAAUGGCACCAAAUAUAUUACGAUGUACCUCUCAAGAUCCACGAGUUAUACUUGAAAAUGCAAGAAAAGAAAUGGCUUUUGUUCGGAUAUUAAUUGAAUCAUUAGAAACAGCUUGGGUGGAUGAUUUACACUGAUAUAUAUCUAUUAUAUUAUUAUCUGCACAUAAUCUUUUUUUAUCAUUUUUUUGCCAUCCUAGUUUUAUUCCUCUUUUUGUCUCUUGUCUCACACUAUGCCAAAUAAUAAAAUGAACAUAUUGAAGGAAAAAAAAAAUCAAGAUGAUUAAAUACAAUAAUAAAAUUAAUUUAAAUAUAUAAAAAAAAACGAAAAAAAAAAAAAAAAAGUAACAAAAUAAUAUAAAUAAAAAAUUAAAAAUAAACAA